CGGGACAGGUGGAUGGAAUUUCAAGGGAUCAAGAAUUGGGAAGGCUUGCUUGAUCCACUUGAUGAUGAUCUCCGUAAGGAGAUCUUAAGGUACGGGGAAUUUGUCGAAGCAGCCUACCGCUGCUUCGACUUUGACGUGUCAUCCCCCACGUACGCCACGUGUCUUUAUCCCGAGAGUUCCAUGCUGGCGAAUUGCGCGCUAGACAAGAGUGGCUACAAGGUGAUCAAGAACUUGUAUGCCACGUGUGCAACUCAAAUGCCACGGUGGACUAAAAGGUUCCCGAACCUGGCGUCCCCGCGAUCCAGCUGGAUCGGUUACGUGGCCGUCUGUGAUGACGAGGAAGAGAUCGCAAGGCUCGGGCGCCGCGACGUGGUGAUCGCUUAUCGUGGCACCGCCACCUCAUCUGAAUGGCUCGAGAAUUUACGUGCCACGUUGACUUGCUUACCGGAUGACAUGGCGCCCGAAAAUUACGACCAACCCAUGGUACAAAGUGGAUUCUUGAGCUUGUACACAACAAAGAAUGAAGGUGACCAGAGUUUGCAGGAAACAAUUAGGGAACAAAUUGGCAACAUUCUUGAUAAACAUAGUGACGAGCCUUUAAGUAUAACUGUCACAGGGCAUAGUCUUGGUGCUGCCCUUGCAACAUUAACAGCGCAUGAUAUUGCUACAAAAUUUAGUCAUGCACCUAUAGUCACAGUUGUGUCAUUUGGAGGGCCAAGAGUUGGAAACAAAGGUUUCAGAUGCCAAUUAGAGAAAAGUGGAACAAAUGUUCUCCGCAUUGUCAACUCCGACGACCCCGUUACAAAAGUCCCAGGAUUCGUGAUCGAUGACGAUGAUGACGACGUGGCAGAAAAAGAGCGUGCCAGCAUGGCGGCGGCGAUGCCAAGCUGGCUACAAAAAUGCAUGGAGGAUACACAAUGGGUGUAUGCUGAGGUGGGUAAAGAACUUAGACUGAGUAGUAAAGACUCUCCUCAAAUAAGCAAAGGGAAUGUUGCCACUUGUCAUGAUCUCAAGACAUAUCUACACUUAGUGAGCAAUUUUGCAAAAGAGGAACACAAGUUAGGGCAACCCCACGAAAGAAGUGUGGCUCUAGUUUGAAAAUAAUUACUUUACUCGGUACAAAGAAUAGGAUCGUAGAAAUAGGCCCACAUAGAUCUUCUUGAAUAUCCACACAAAAAAUGAGGUGAAAAUAGAUGUAAUUACAGAUGCGAAGCCAGGAUUCGAAGCUUGUGGGUUUGGGAUUAUAAUUCAUUUAAGUUAUUGAGUUCUAAAUUAACAAUUUAUACAUAUUUAAUGAUUUUUUCAAGACAAAUACAGAGUUUAGACCAAAG